AUGUCGCAGCCGUCCACCAAAAAACGACAACGGCCGAGACCCUGUGACGCAUGCGCCAUCCGCCGUGUGAAGUGCGAUAUAGAUUCAUGCACCGGUGGUAUUUGCUCGAACUGUCUCACUCAUAAAGUUCCAUGUACCAACCUCCGCGUGAGGCAUAAAUCCGGUCCAAAGAAAAGUACUAGAACAGUCAAAAACACAGAGGAUCUCAACGACGAAAUCUAUGCUCAGUCUACACUACCUGCUCAUGUGUGCGCAUUUUCUUUGAAACAAAUUAUCCCUUACCUUGAGAUAUAUCAUUCGAAUUUUUACGAUAUCUGGCCGGUAGUAUCAAUUCAAAGUACAGUUUCAAUUUUGACACGUUCAAGCCCCUUAAAGAAUGUGGAGCAGGUAUUUCAACUAGCGAAUGUUUUAGAUGAUUUUCGUAUCACCAUCGCCGAGGACAAUGCCCAAGAAUAUGCUCUUUGUUGCGCAUUGUGCGCUACGAUCGCACAAUAUCACAGUUUCGUCACAUACACUCCAGCCAGGAGCGAUCUCAAAAAUGCUGGCUUAUAUGCUCAAGAGGCAAGGAGGAUAAUUUAUGAGUAUAGACUGAAAAGCACACCAAAUAUUGAUCUCCUUCUGACAUCCUUCUUCCUACAUAAAUACUAUGCUAUUGCGCCUGGCCAACAGCACAAAGGUCUUAUUUACCUCCGUGAAGCUGUUUCUCUUGCAGAUAUCUUAAAAAUGCACGAACCACAGUCACUGCUUCAUUUGUCACCCGUUGAGGCUCAUAGGCAGAAAAAAAUCUACUAUUUGCUCGUGGUAACCGAAAGGUUUGUCAGCUUUAAAACUAAUUUGCCCGUUCUUCUUGAACCUUCAAUUCCACUCCCUGAAGCAGAUUUCGAAAAAUCCUCAAAUUCACUUUACGGGUUCACCACUCUGUGUGCAAUUUUCAGUGCAACGGAUAAGCAAUUCUAUGUUGAGCUUCAUACUAAAGUGCUCGAGACAGGGCGCACUCACAACAUGUUCCAGAUUCCAGAGACCAACUUGUUUCAGGAUUUUACCUUGAACGGAUCCACAGAGUUGAAGAGGCUGUGGCUCCUUGAGCUCCAACAGAAGCUCCAAAUUAGAAUUGAUGUGGAUAAAAUUGCAACAAGUGCUCAAAAAGUGAAUGUUAUUGUCUCAAAAGCCUGGCUCCAGUCUUUGGGCUGGUUAAUUGCGUCUGCGAAUUUUCUAAUUAGUUCUGAUGAGAGCAUUGCGGUCGAACACGAAUGUUUCAAGAUUAACUUUCCUCUAAAAGUUGCAAAUGAGCUUCUCAGCAGUCUACAAAACCUCCCUGAUCAUGCCUUUAGAUGCAACGGACCCGACAUAUCAAUGAAAUUACUGGAGAUAGCAGACUCUCUUUACAUUCUGAUCAAAAGCUAUGUUGACCCAGCAACCACCGAGCUAGCCUACGAACGCAUGGGUGCCGUAUUCGACAUGGUGUUGAAGUACAAAGCUGGAAUGGACUUGCCCCGAGCCCUGUUCACCAAGAUCUCUAAGCUCCUAGAAUCUUGGAAAGUGAAUGGCUUGCGAGAAAUAUGUCACAAUCUGUCUUCUGAAUUUUCUUCUUAUGAACCUGCAUUGACACGCUCAGGUUCACUCGUACGCUGCAAUACGAGACAGGACAGUGCCCUUUUCAAUAACUCUUUUUCCGGAUCAAGAGCGAAUUUGCAACACAGACAGACAUCUGGCAUCCGGCUGGAUGUUUCUUCCUCGUUAUUUGCAUCUUUGGAAAGAGUGUCAUCUGGCCAAUUUAAUCCUCUCACAACACACAAAGAGCCCACUACAUCAAAGGGUGUAGCUUCCUUUUUUCUCGGACAGCUAGGGCCUAAUACUGCACCAUUCCACGCACCUGGAGCGCCUUAG